AAAAUGUACUAGUCCCUGCUCUCAUGUAUGGUAGUGAACUAUGGGGCAUGUCUAGUACAAGAUCAGGUAGGAUUACUAGAAUCCUUAGGAAAGCAGUCAGGAUGGUGUUCCGGACAAAAAUAGUUCCAUUAGAUAGGAUAAUGGAUGAAUUCUCGAUUAGUAGAAUUCAAAUACAAGCAGCCCUGAGCAGAUUUAGGGCACUAAUGAAGUGGAAACACAACAAAACGAUAAUCUCGGAGUUUGUGGAUCAAGCUCCCAGGGAAAGGAAAACCACGUGGAGUUCAAGGACUCGACGUUGGUGCAAAAGGUAUGUCGGUCACGACUAUGAAAGCAUUGGCUACAGAGUAGCCAAAGACAAGAUAGUCGAAGUGCUUAAAGGAAGGAGAACCUAUAACUCUACCUUGGCAGCUUCAAUAGCAGGCGAGUAUAAAAUCCUUGAGUCUCAGCUCAAGUAUAUACUGAUAAAAGUCAAUAAUAGACAGAUAAGAAAUUACACCAAAAUCAGGUGUAACUUGGUAAGAUGGUCUUCUGCUCUGGCGAAUGCCAACAGGAUCCCUCAAUUCUACAGAGGACACUGUUUCCUUUGUGAGGGAGAACAAGAAUGCCUUGAACAUUUCUUGUUAGAUUGUCCUGCCCUUUCUGAUACAAGGUCUCUCUAUGAGGGAAGAAUAGUUGAGUUGGUAGAUCUAACUCGGACAAGGAAAGAGCGAGUCACGAUGAUUGUUGGCAAUAUCAAUGACGUCAAGGCUUGCUCAAGAAUGAGAAAGGCACUACUCGUAAGAGUAGAGUUCUUGGACAAGAUGGUAGUACAACGCUACGUGCUUGUACGAGAAAAAGAAAGGCUAUUCAGCCAGAACAGGAGCUAG